AUGCAACUCGUCGUUGUGCACGACCAUCGCCAGCGACCCAUGCCUUUCGUCGACGAGGACCAGCUGCACAAAACAGCCCAGCACCUCAACUUCUCCGAGGCAGAGAUGCAAAAUCGUGCCGCCAUCGAGCGGCCGGUUCAGUCGGGCCUCCUCCUCCCGAAAAAUGUCUUCGCCUCGCUCGCGGCGCGCCACGGUUCUGAUGAGAUAUUAGACGUCAUCUGCAAGACACACCCCGACAUCAACGUGGCAGUCAACGACCUCACCGGCCUAGACGUCGUCGCCGCGCACGAAUUCGCACGCCUGGGCACACUCACCACGCUCGGACAUUAUCCCGAGAAGCCGCUGCCCGACGUCCCAUCUCGUCCGCAAGCGCGAGCUGCCUGGUUGUGUCGGGAGGCGUGUCAGUACGAGGCAGUCGUAUCGGGGUACAAGUCGCGGCACAUACAGAUGCAGGCCCACAGCUUCGACUGGCUUGGCGACUAUCUGGACACCGCGCGGGACCGGCUGGUAGAGCAGUUCGGGGGUGCCGGGCGGUCAGGGUUUGAGGUCGAAUUCAGGGAGCCCCAGCUGCGAGUCGCCGUUGAGCCUGGCUCAAAGAAAACGCAGGCGACGUGCUUGUCUGGGAGGGUCGAUAUAGUGUGGUACAACCACAGCAUGGCGGUGUUGUCACAGGACGACGAAGUGAAUAAAACAUUUCCGAAGUGGAUGCGAAAGAAGAAGGUAAGGAAGAGCGCCGCCACCGCCAGGCCCGGAGACGGGGAGGUCAUCUCCAUUUGGGAGAUCAAGCUGGUCGCGAAGCUCUUACUCGAGCACGCCGUGCAGGCGUGCAUCUAUGCCCACCUAUGGGCCCUUCAAAGGCAGCGGGGCCAGCAGGGCGACGUGUCGCCGCUGCCACAUAUCAUCUUGUUCAAUGUACGCGAUGGCGAAAGUUGGGAAAUCGUGCCGAAAAGUGGGGCGAUGAGCUUGAGGAAUGUUGUGGAGGAGGUGUUGAGGGCCAAGUACUCGACCAGAGGCACAUCAACGACAGAUGAUUUUUUGAGAAAGAGUGCAAAGACGAAUGCAGAGGUGGAGGGAUAUUGGAAAGGUAGUCAAUAG